UGAAGUAGCAUGGUACAGAGACGGAGCCUUGUCCGAUUCAAUUCCAUCAGUAGAGCGCUAGGCGCGGUACUGAGGUUGUAUACUGUCGCUAGACCGAGUGCGGAGCGUGGUAGCGGCAGUUACGGAGGACUUUUGUGAAUUUUCUGAUUCGGAACAUGAACUUCAUAUCAACCAGACAUCGGCCCAGGUAGUCAGCUAGACACGUUAAGCAAUAAAAGUGAACAGAGCAAACGGUAAUUGCUAAGGUUUUCAUGCAUACCUUCAUAUGACUGAGGGCGGUGCUCGCUUCUCAUAAGACAAUUUAAUAUCUGUCAUAUUUCAAAACUGUUUCGCUGAAGUCCUGGAAUUUGUUCAUUCUCAGAAGUCUUGGAAUUUGUUCAUUCUCUAUCCAUCCCCCCCUUGUUCUUCCUUCCCCUUCUAUUCGUCAAGUGUGAGACUCCGAAAGAUUUCAAUUGCAGCUGCUGCAAGGCAGUAGGUCUUUGAAACAGCAUUUGAUAGCCACUGGACUUGCCUCAUCGCGGAGUUUUUGACUCCUCAUCAUGGGGUAUAGUGUACAAACUGCAGGAAGUGGAAGAAGAGGAGUCACGGGAUACUUACUGCAGAUGAUCACCAUAUCUUUCGUUUUGCUAAUUGCCCUCGUGGAUAUCGGAGCUGCUCAAGUGAGAGAUGAUGAUGACUACAUGGGAUUGGGUGAUCUCCCAGAGACCUUCCCCUCGGACCCCCCGGAGCCCCUCCCAGUGUUCCUGAUGGAGCCCGAGGAGGCGUACAUCGUCAAGAACAAACCUGUCAAUCUCUACUGCAAGGCCACGCCCGCCACACAGAUCUACUUCAAGUGUAACAGCGAGUGGGUCCACCAGAAAGAACACACAGUGGAGGAGAGGGUGGACGAGAACUCUGGCUUGGUGGUGCGAGAAGCCAGUAUUGAGAUCACAAGGCAGCAAGUGGAGGAGUUGUUUGGGCCAGAGGACUUCUGGUGUCAGUGUGUAGCCUGGAGCUCUGCAGGGACCACCAAGAGCCGCAAGGCCCACGUCCGCAUCGCCUAUCUCAGGAAGACGUUUGACCAGGAACCCCUGGGAAAGGAAGUGUCUCUAGAACAGGAAGUUCUUCUUCAGUGCCGCCCACCAGAAGGGAUCCCUGCUGCUGAGGUGGAGUGGCUGAAGAACGAGGAGAUCAUAGACCCUGCUGAUGACCGUAACUUCUACAUCACCAUCGACCAUAACCUGAUCAUCAAACAGGCCAGACUGUCUGACACCGCUAACUAUACCUGUGUCGCCAAGAACAUCGUCGCCAAGAGACGCAGUACCACGGCAACAGUCAUCGUCUACGUGAAUGGCGCCUGGUCAACAUGGACAGAGUGGACGGUGUGUAACAGUCGCUGUGGCCGUGGCUACCAGAAGCGCACGAGGAGCUGCACCAACCCAGCACCGCUCAACGGGGGUGCCAUCUGUGACGGGCAAGGCAUUCAGAAGCUGGCAUGCAACCCACUGUGCCCAGUGGAUGGUCUGUGGACAGAGUGGAGUAAAUGGUCCACGUGUGGGACAGAGUGUACCCACUGGAGGAGGAGGGAGUGCAGCGCCCCGGUGCCCAAAAACGGGGGGAAGGACUGUGAGGGCAUGGUGCUUCAGUCCAAGAACUGCACCGAUGGCCUGUGUAUGCAGAGUUCCUUUUAUCAGAAGUCCUCUGAAUUCAACAAAGACAAGAUUGAUUUGGGAUAUCCAUCUGCCCCCAGUACAGAUGACGUUGCGCUGUACGUUGGCGUCGUCAUCGCUGUGAUCAUGUGUCUGGUCAUCUCCGUCAUCGUGGCGCUGUUCGUCUACAGGAAGAACCACCGCGACUUUGACUCUGACAUCAUAGACACCUCGGCCCUCAACGGGGGCUUCCAGCCCGUCAGCAUCAAGACGGCCCGAACAGCUGAUAUUCUGACGGCUCCCCCUGACCUGACCUCUGCGUCAGCCAUGUACCGUGGACCCGUCUACGCCCUCCACGACGUAGCCGACAAGAUCCCCAUGACCAACUCCCCCCUCCUGGACCCACUGCCCAACCUGAAGAUCAAGGUCUACAACUCCUCUGGUCUGGUCACCCCCUCCGAGGACCUGUCUGACUUCUCCCCCAAGCUGCCCCGUUGCCUGCUGGAUGGGGACACCAUGGGGAGGAGGACCCAAACCCAGACUUUGCUCCGUACCGGUACCAGGGACCCCUCCUGUACCGCCCUGGGCUCCUUCAACUCUCUAGGGGGGCACCUCAUCGUCCCCAACUCAGGGGUGAGUCUGCUAGUUCCAGCAGGAGCCGUCCCUCAGGGGAGAGUCUAUGAGAUGUACGUGACCGUCCACAGGAAGGACAGCAUGAGGCCCCCAGUCGAUGACUGCCAGACAGUGCUAAGCCCAGUGGUGAGCUGUGGCCCCCCAGGUGCUCUCCUGACACGCCCAGUCAUUAUCACCAUGCACCACUGUGCUGAGGCUGACAGUGGAUCAGCCGAGGAUUGGCUGAUUCAGCUCAAGACCCAAUCACAGCAGGCCCAGUGGGAGGAGGUAGUGGUAGUAGGAGAGGAGAACUUCACCACUCCCUGUUACAUCCAGAUGGAUGAGGAGGCGUGUCACAUCCUGACAGAGACCCUAGGGACCUACUGCCUGGUGGGUCAGUCCUGCAGCGCGGCCACCACCAAGCGGCUCAAGUUGGCCAUCUUCGGCCCCGUCACAUGCCCUGCUCUGGAGUACCACAUUAGAGUCUACUGCCUGGACGACACACAGGACUCACUCAAAGAGGUCCUACAGAUGGAGAAGCAGAUGGGAGGGAAACUGCUGGACGAACCAAAGACCCUCAACUUCAAGGACAGCACCCACAACCUGCGACUGUCCAUCCACGACGUCCCACACACACUGUGGAAGAGCAAGCUACUAGCCAAGUAUCAGGAGUUGUCGUUCCAGCAGGUGUGGUCUGGGUCCCAGAGGAACCUCCACUGUACCUUCACCCUGGAGAGGUUCUGUCCCAGCACCGUAGACCUGGUCUGUAAACUGUGUGUCCGACAGGUGGAGGGGGAGGGACAGAUCUUCCAGCUGGACACCACCCUCUCAGAGGACACCCAGAGCAUCGACACGUCUCUGCUGGACCCAGCCAGUAACAUCACAACCCUGGUGGGGCCCAAUGCCUUCCGCAUCCCCCUCUCCAUCAGACAGAAGCUCUGUGGCAGCCUGGACGCACCACAGACCAGAGGCAACGACUGGAGGAUGCUGGCACACAAACUGAACCUGGACAGGUAUCUGAACUACUUUGCCACUAAGUCCAGUCCUACUGGGGUGAUUUUAGACCUGUGGGAGGCACAACACUUCCCAGACGGGAACCUUAGCCGCCUAGCUGCCGUGCUGGAGGAGAUGGGUCGCCAUGAGAACCUCAUGCCCAUGGCAAUGGACCACUGACACCUGUCCGUCAAAGAACAGGAAAUUCCAGGGAGGAGUGAGAGAUGAGUCAGGGAGAGAAGGCGAGAGAGUCAGAGCGGCAAUCUGUCAGCUGACAUGCAGAACAGGCAGAGGCCGACAUUUUUUCAAUCAGGGAACACACAGACAUAGUGACACACACACACACGUACAUACAUACUUAUCAUAGCCAUGCUCCACUUACAGUAUAUUGGGAGUAACAUUUUGACAAAGGAAAGAGAAAGUAAGUCAGCUCUGUUUGUUCUCUCCCUGGUACAGUUUUCUUUACCGUGAUACAGUUUCCUAGGAAACGCUUGAUAGUGCUGUCCAUAUAGUGGAUGUGGUGACAGACUGGCUCAGAGCAUAGGACCAUGGGAAGGAAGGGGUGGGGCGGGGAUGGCCCUCCCACUCCACCUGCCCCCAUGGAUCCCCAUGGUAACCCCUGUAAACAACAUUAAUGUUGAAUGACUCGUCAAUAUUUCUGAUGGAAGAACUUGUUUCAGUGACUAUAUAGGUCUGUAUUUAAUAACACAUCCAUUUAUACACAAAUAUCUCUCCUUUUUGUCUUUAAUGCAGCCUAACAUUGAGUUUUCCAGUGUGUUCUUUUCCCCUGCUUUCGUUGCACAGUUCUUUGUUUUCA